ACGCCAUGUGAGGGUAUAGCGAGCAUUUCCUUCCAUCUGGUCCUAGUGUAGAGAGAGAGAGAGAGAGAGAGAGGAAUGGGAAGAGAAAUAGCGGAGAGCUGCGUGGAGAGCCUCAUGACAGAGGUUGUUUCUUCGUACUGCAAUGGCUUCUACGCCAACAAGCCUGAGCUCGCCGCCCGCCGGAUCGAGGCUAUCGGCUUUCAGGUCGGCCACCAGCUCUCUGAACGGUAUACGAUGGAACAGCCACGGUUCAGUGAUCAUCUAGAGGCAAUCAAGUUUAUUUGCAAGGACUUCUGGUCUGAGCUCUUCAAGAAGCAGAUAGACAAUUUAAAGACAAAUCACAGAGGUACAUUUGUAUUGCAAGAUAAUCGAUUUCGUUGGCUUUCGCGCAUGUCAAUUGAUCUAUCAUCUGAAAGCUCUGGUUCCAUCCAAGAUCCAUCUGCUAUGGCUGAAAGUAAGGCUGCACAAGCAACAGGGAUGUAUCUCUACUUCCCUUGUGGAAUCAUACGAGGAGCACUUUCCAACUUGGGGAUCCCUUGUGCUGUUUCGGCAGAUAUAUCCAACCUUCCUGCAUGUUCAUUCUUGGUUCGAAUAAAGGCCUAAUCGGAGCACAUAGAUCGGCAAAAGGUGGGGGGAUGCAGUCAAGCGUGGAAGGGGAGGCCAGUCAGAUUUUACAUCACAAAUUUGUCUCUGAUUGUCAAUCCAGAAAACAAAUAUCUGUAGAUGAAGAACAAUUUGCUUUUCCUGUCUGCCAUGGUAGUAAUAGUAAUAGCAAUGGCCGUACACACAGCAAUCGCGAAAUCUCUCUAUAAUUAUGAGUCAGUUUGAUUUUCUUUAUUUUGGUAGCUAGUUAGUGCGAUUUUCGUUCCUUGUUUCACUGCAUCUGCCAAACACUGUUCCUUUGUGUUACUGUGAAGUUUCCAAUGAUGGUGACAAAUUUUUUUUUUCCCGCUA